CGCAAAGUUUGAAGCAAGAUGGGAUAUCCUGUAUUCUUCACAUUAGUCUGCUGGUGUAUAUUCGUCAUCGCAUUGAGCGCUCAAAAUGUUCCCCAUGGAGCUCGUGUGCGAGUCACAACUAAGGGAUUGCAAUACGGUGCAAGUCUUGGCGUAAAAAAACUUCAACAAGAACUAACAAAUAAAGCAAUACCGUCUCAGAGUGGAAUCGGAGGAGAUGUAACGUGGAAUGCACAGAACAUUUUUAUCUACUACGUCCGUGUGGGAAGAUAUUCUGUUCAACCUCUCGCAGGAAAUGGUUUAAGAUUUAUCGUUCAAGAUAUAUCAGUGUCUGCUAAAGGAAAAGUUUCGGUGAAAUACCGAAAAGGAUGGAUAAAAGUCGGAGACACCACAAACAUCCAAGCAAAAGCCAAUGGUAUUGGCUUCACUGUUGACAUUAAAAUUGACGCAAAAAGUGGAAAGCCUGUAUUGACUGCACAGUCCUGUUCAGCUGGAAUUUCGGAUCUCGAUUUGGAUUUCUCCGGUGGAUUGUCAUGGCUUUACAAUAUUUUCUCUUCAUUGCUGGAGGGCAAGCUAAAAGGAGUUUUAAAAUCUGCGUUGUGCAACGAGGGAAAGAAUCUCAUCGAUCAGGAACUAAAUAGAUUCCUCCAUAAUUUUCCAGUACGACAGAAUAUUGAAAAUUGGGCACUCAUUGAUUAUUCUUUCGAAAAGACAAUUGCAACCCAUUCGUCAUUGGAUUUACUUUUAAGAGGCGAAUUUUUGAACCCAUACAAGCCUGCACUUGGCAAAUUACCAUCUGAUUUAUAUGCCGCAACACCCAGCGCGCAAAAGAUGGUCUAUGUUUGAAUCAGCGACUUUACUAUCAACAGUGCUGGAAAGGUAUUCCAUGAAUCUGGGUUACUAAAAAAUGUUAUUUCGCCUAAGAUGACAUCUGACUUGAUACCUCCAUCUGUACGACCGUUCUUGAACACCAAAAGUUUUGAACAGCUUAUUCCAGAG